CGAUCAUUCUUUGUCUAACCUUGAAACAAACAGGUUGUUUGAUUUAUUUAAAAAUAAGAAUAAAAGUAUAAUAUGGCGACCGUGACAGGACAGUUGAAAACUAAAACAAAAGAAUUUGUGGUAUUUGCAAAAAUAAAAUACAAAAAUAGUGACAUAAAGUUAUAAAAAAAAAAACUACUAAAAAAAAAUAAAACCUAACAUAAAAGGAAAAGUUGUUUUAAAAAAAAAAAGGAAAAUGUGUUGAAUAUUAUAAGUGUAUGAAAAAAAAACCUAAUUAAAACCAUUACUUAUAACUAACCUUUAAAAUCAAAAGAAAAUAACGUUUAAAAAAAAUCAUCAUGAAAAUGUGUAACUUCACAAUAACUAAUAAAUAAAAUAUAAUGUAAUUUUUCAAAAUAAUCUAAAAACUUUACAAACAAUUAUAUUGAACCACAAAAAAAAAAAAAUCUCUAACAAUUACAAAAAAAGAAGAAAAACAACAACAAUAAAACCAUUUACAAAAAAAAGAAGAACACUUAUAGACAAAUCACUGUGUUGUUGUGGAAAUCGCAAAAUGCGUAGUACUUGUGCAAAUAUUUAAAGGUACCGUUAUUGCAAAUAAUUCGUGGCGUGAUUGUAAAAAUGCAAAAUGGUACAGUACUUUCAAAAGUGCUUAUUGCAAAUAAGAAUAUAAAGUGUGGUGAAAAAAAAAACACAAACUUAACAAACACAAAAGAAAAAUUUGAUCUUUAAAAAAAAAUGUAACGGAAAAAAAUCAUAAGAAUAAAUAAUGAAGCAAAGUGAAAAAAAGAGGAAUAAAGAAAAAAAAACAGGACACAACAUAAUAAAACUAAAGGAAAAAAACACAAGAAUCAAGAACGAAAAACAAUAUUGAAAUAUAAAAAAAAAAUCGCACAUAAAAUAAUAAACAUAUAGAAAACCAACAUUUAAUAAAAUAUAAAAAAAAAUACAAAAAUAAAAUUUAACAAACAGAAUAUUAUCUAUUAAGAUAUAAAAACAAAAUUAUUUUGAAAAUUGAUAAACUUAAAACGGAAAACAGUUUGAAAAAAAAUACAAAAAAUGAAAAAAUAAGUAAGAAAUGAAGUGAAUUGCAGAUGGACAAUUAACAAUAAAAAAAAAAAAAACCAAACAACAAGCAAAAUAAAGAGAUGGAGACAAUGAAAUGCAACCGAAGAUUUACAACAGCUAAAACAACAAAAUAAAGAGAUGGAGUAAUAAAAUGCAAACGAAGAUGGACAAUAGCUAAAACAACAAAAUAAAGAGAUGGAGAAAAUGAACUGAAGAUGGACAAUAACAAAUAAGGAAAUAAGGAAAAACAUCAGGGAUGGAAUAAGGACAUCACCAUAAACGUCGGUAACGUAAUCUCACACCUGAAUUACAACAAACAGCAAACGAACGAACCUCUUUUUUAAUAAAACGCGUUAACGCGCUUGAUCCAAAAAGUAAGAAAUUACAAAUAAACAGACAGCAACAACAAAUCAGGCUAUAAAAAUGGGAUCCGAUUGUGGUGUUUGGAUUGGCAAAUAUGUGUUGUGCAUAUUUAAUUUUCUAUUUUUUAUCCUUGGCACGAUAGUUUUGGGCACCGGUAUAUGGCUGGCCGUUGAUAAGGCCUCUUUAAUAGCUUUAUUAAAAAUGGUCGAAAGUGAAAAUAUUAAUCAAUUUACCCAACCUCAAGUUAUUGAACAAAUGGCUUAUGUUUUGAUAGCCAUUGGUGGUAUAAUGUUUUUAAUGAGUUUCCUGGGUUACUGUGGGGCCAUACGUGAAUCUAGAUGUUUAUUGACGACGUAUGGCGUUUUCAUGAUCUUACUAUUGAUUGCUGAAAUCGUUGCUGGUGGCUUGGCGGCAUUUUAUAAAGAAACGGCACGCAAUGAAAGCAAAGGUUUCCUACAAUCAACCAUUACCAAAUACUACACAACAGCUGAACACACUGAUGCUGUUACUCUUAUGUGGAAUCAAAUGAUGAGCACUUUUGGCUGUUGUGGCGUUGUGGAUUAUCGUGAUUUUGAAACCUCUUCGGGUUGGUUGAAUGGCAAAGGUAAUCACACCAUACCCGAGGCCUGUUGCAGAUUAAAGGAUAUUAAAAAUUUACUACCCGAAGAUGACAGUUGUGUGACAAAUCCCAAUGAAACAAAUAGUUUUUAUUUAAAGGGCUGCUAUGAUGUAUUUACCGAAUGGAUUAUAUCCCAUCGUGAAAUAAUAAUUGCUGUUUUAUUCGGCGUGGGUGUGGUACAUCUAUUGGCCAUUUUCUUGGCCUUUUGCCUUUGCAAAUCCUUUGCCAAAUAUCAUGGCAUGAGACUGUAAACAUAAAUCUUCCCUAAUAAAUCAUCUUUUUUUAAUUGUUUUAUUAUUUACUUAGUAGAAACAAGGACCAUUUAAACAAAUUAUAAAACAAAAGUCAAUAAUAAUUUAAUAACUUGAAAUGUUUACUAAAGGACUUGUUGUCUUUUAAAGAAAUUUUUUAACAAAUUGUGACAAUUUCUUAAAAGAAUUAAAUGUUUACUGUUUAGUCCUUUUUUUAAUUAAUAUUUUAAAAGUAAACAUCGUUUUGUUAACAAAAAACAUUCCAAUUUUAUUCUUAUUUG